AUGACCUCCCCACAACCUUCACGAUUCCAAGCUUCCAAAGAAACGGCUUACGAGUAUCUCAACAAAAAGGCCUUUAACUGGGGGUACGUCCCCCACUCAGACGUGGCCGCACAAACCCGUUGCUUCACAUAUCUUGAAGAAUCAAUUGCAAAGCUAGAAGCUCAGAUACUAAAUCAAUCUCCUGAAGAUUCAUCAUCAAUUAAUAAUAAACCCGUGGAUCUGAAAAUCGACCCUAACCAAGACCAAGAUAUUUUGAAAACUUUGAAGGUCACCCUGCUUAGUACAUACAACCUCGUCAAACCAAACUACGGCUCCUAUAGCAUGCGCAAUGCCAAAAUGUUUUGGUCAUAUUGGGAUAGAAUUAAACAAUCCGUGGCUAAGGUCCAUGAGGGCUCUGGAGCUACUGAAGAACAAAUAACAAAGAUUCUCGAUGAGCUUGAGGUCGGAAGAUACAUAUCAGUAGACUUCAGUGAGGAAAAUAAAAAGUAA